GGGUUCCCCGAACGCCUUCAUAGUGACCAGGGGAGGGAUUUUGAGUCACAUGUGAUUAGGGAAUUGUGCUCUAUCACAGGCAUUAAAAAAGUAAGGACCAGUCCUUAUCACCCGAGGGGUAACCCCGUUGAGCGAUUCAAUCGCACCCUGCUUGGUAUGCUGGGCACCCUGAAGGAUGAGCAAAAGAUUCAUUGGCGUGAUUUUGUCAAGCCUCUUACCCAUGCCUACGACUGUUCAAAGAGUGAGGUUACCGGGUUUAGCCCUUAUGAGCUAAUGUUUGGUCAUAAACCCAAGCUACCAGUCGACCUUGCCUUUGGGUUGCCAGUUACAGGGGACUCACCAACAUCCCAUUCCCAGUAUGUGCGCAAUCUGAAAGCUAGGCUUGAGGAAAGUUACCAGAUUGCACUCGAAAACUCCAAGAGGAUUGCUGAGCGAAACAAGAACAGGUUUGAUAAAAAAGUCAGAGAGUCCACACUUCAAGCUGGGGACAGAGUCUUAGUCAAGAACGUUCGCCUGCGCAGUAAACACAAACUUGGCGAUAAAUGGGAACACAUGGUGUACCGUGUUGUUAAGAAACUGGAAAAUGUUCCUGUGUAUGUGGUCCAACCAGAGAAGGGUGAUGGUCCGAGCAGGACUCUUCAUCGAGACCUUUUACUUGCAUGUGGUGAUCUCUCAGACAUUGAGGAUGAGGUUGAGACUAAGCCCAAACCUCCACGUCGACCUAAGACUCGUCAGAGCCCUUCUGAACCUAAAGAUACAGAAAUGUCAGAGUCUGAGGAGGAGUAUGAAUGCAUUUUAGGUCAUCCCUCAGUCCAAACCGAGACGUUUAUCAGGAUUUGUGACCAAACUCAAAACCAUUCCAAUGUGACAACCAGCUCAGAAGUUCAAAAUGAUUCAUGUACGCUCAAAAGUGACAACCCUUUGCUCCAACCAAUAGAGACAAUCUCGGACGAGAUUGACCAUGGACAGAGAAAUCAAACUGAAUCUGAACUGUUCAAUGAGGAAUCUCACUCCAACAUCAUGGGAGAGGAUCAUAUUGUCCAAGUUCAAGGAGAACCAGAUGUUGAGAUAGAAAACACAGAGCAGAGUGAAAGUGUCAUUGACAUACAUGUUGACCAAAUGCCUGAAAUAACUCCUGAAACAUCUCAAGUGAGAAAAUCUGAGAGAUUAAAGCGACCCCCAGGACGGUUUCAUUACCCCCAGUUGGGUCAACCCCUUAUAUCCUUUGCACAACAAUUUCUGGAUAACUUUAACCAAGCUCUUGAGUCGUUUAGUAGCUAUGAAAACACUCAAAUCUAUGAUGUUUAGAUAAAAUUUAAGUACAUGAAGGGACUCAUGUUUAUUCAAAGGGGGAGGGUGUAACCCCUAUAGACAUGGUUACUAGUAUUUUGUUUGUUUUACCUUGUAUUAUUAUUUCCGACACCCCUUGAACACACUUUGAUUUUCCGUAGUUCAGUGAAUGCGACAAAAGCACGCUGCUGCAUUAAGCUAGGCAAAACGGAGCAAGACACCCGAGAGCAAUUAACAAGCUACACAAGGCCUUUAUGUGUUUUACUCUCGACCAAAACCAGGCAGAGCGUGUGUUUGUUUCUUGGGAACUCCGGUGAGUUACUAAAGAUGAUAAGUUAGCAGGAAAACCUAUGCUAAUUUUACAUGUGGUAAAUACUGCAACAGUGUGAAUUCUGCAUUGUCUAAGAAGCUUAAAACCAGUCGGAGUACUUGAAUUGUAUGUGAAAUGGGGUGUCGUAUCUUAUUUUAUUGUCUAUUUGAUUGGGCAUCUUCACAAAUGUGCAAAACUAAUGCAGGAUGCACGUUUCUUUUAGCCAUGAACAUUGUUCAGUGCUUUUUCUGCACUUUGUGAUUUCAGUUAUGGGUUGAUUCAUGUAAAUAAGUUAUUUAAAACUAGUUACGUUACAAACAUUUCAUGAUGUGAUUACAUAUGCCUUAAAAAGGGGGUAUAUAAAUACAAUUGAUUGUAAUGCUGUAAAGCAAUACAAAUGGAAUUCAUAGAGACAGAACAAUGUUAAAACAACAGUGUACUUGAUUUUGAAAACGUUAUGAGAUCUCAUUUUAUUUAGAAAAACUGUUAAGAACUGUUUUGUUUAUUGCUCUGUACUGUAUGUGCAGACUGGUUUUUUGUGAUCCUGGAUCUGAAGUGGUUCUGGAUAUGGAUGGCGAGCCAGACCCUGUGAAAACUCUUGGCGAAUCCAAAAGCAGUGUGGCCAGCUGUUCUGGAUGCAGGAGUAGAGCUACAGUCUGACUUACUUCGGAUCACAGGAUUUCAGAUAAGCAAGAGCAAAACUGCUUACUUCAUACGGAUCGUUUCUCCGGAAACUAUUGAACUCACAAUAUCCUGUUCAUCAGGAGUCAGGUCUAAAGGGACUAUUUAUUUUAUUUUGUUGUUAUUUUCAAAAGAGCGCUCUUCUCUGUUGAUCUUCUGUUAAUUUUCUAUGUUGUUUACAUUGGGUUACCGCACCAUUGUAACAUUGUAAUAAA